CGAGAGAAGAACUGCAGCUCUCGCUGCCUGUUCCACUUUCUGCGUGCGCCUGCCUGUUUUGCUCUUUCAGUCGUGGAGUGAGAUCGGCUGGCUGAUCUGAGUGCAGAUUGGAUUGGCAUCGUAGCUUGCCCCUCUCGAUCUUCUGAGGAGGGGCGGGCAGGUUCACCGUGCUUUGACCAGAGAUCAGAUAGGAUCACAUCAGCACAUCCCAUCUAUCCAUCCAUCCACGAUGUAUGUGACGGCCAAUCCCAACGUGCACAUGAACAUGUUCAAAACGGUGAGUGAGGUCAUCACACUCCCACACAGACAGCACAGACAGACAGACACAUACGGUCGGUCAACUUGCUUGUCCUCUCUCUUUGUGUGUGUGAUGUUUGCUGUGUGUUUGUGUGUUGCUUCCAUCCAUGCACUCACUCCACAUGUACAGGUCGUCAAGGCCGUGCUGGGUGUGCAGUUUCUGGGGAUGGGCUUCUACCUGAGGUGGCUGUACGAGCAGCGCUCCAGGAGCGACGCAGACACCACACCUGCUACAGGUACACACGUGGCUGAGGGAGGGAGGGAGAUAUCAAGGGCUGGACUGGGCUGGGCCACCUGAUCCGAUCACUCAUCCAACUGUCUGUCUGUGUGUGUGUUUGUCUGCCUGUCUGCUGUCCGUCCCCGCCAAUCAGAGACGGAUCGGCUGCAGGCUUUUGACUACAUGGCCGACAAAUAUGAGGCCGCAUUCCGAGGCUUCGAAGGGGUACGCUGCACUCCGAUAAGCACACACACCACGACACCUCCAUCCAUCCAUCCAUCCAUCCAUCCAUCCGUCGGUCGCCCAUCAAUAUGUCUGCUUCGUCUCUGUGUGUGUGGUGGUAACUGACGCCACGCCGCUCCCUUUCCUCAGCUGUUCGCCGAUUCCCGCGAGAGCGUGGUUCGGCGCGCGCGUGGCCACGUGUUGGACAUGUGCUCGGGCAACGGGCAGAACUUCGUCGUGCUGGGCAAGGUGCCCACCAUCAAGAGCCUCACAUGCGUCGAGUGCCUCGACUCCAUGCUCUCAACCAUCAAGAACAAACUCGGUGGGGUGACUUGACUUACGGGCAUUGUGGUUGUGUGUGUGUGUUGUGUGUCCCAUACAGAUGACCAGGAGCUGGAGCGAAAGCCGCUGCACUACCCCAUCUACGUGUUCAAGGCGGACGCCGAGCGGCUCCCCUUCCCGGACCAGUCAUUCGACAGCGUACUCGGCGCCCUCACACUCUCGUCCGUCGAACACGUACGUAAUACACUGGGCGGGCCAGUCGGUGCGUCUGUGUGUGUAUCUCUCUCUCUCUCUGUGUGUGGCUGUGUGUGCACAUCUCUCUCUGUGCUAUGUGCGUGUGGAUCGGUGUCUGUCAGCCUGACGAGGUGUUGUUUGAGAUGUCGCGAGUGUGCAAGCCCGGCGGGCGCAUUCUCAUAUUCGACUACCACAAACCGCACUGGAAGCCCCUUCACAUCGUCUAGUAAGACGCACGCACAUUCAUCAGGCACACGUGACCUGUGUGUGUGCGAUGGAUGCGCCGACACAAUCUAAUCAAUCUGUGUCUUGUCUUGUGUGCGUGUGUGCCAUCUACUGGCAAUCAGCACGUGGUUCACAGAGGCCUCGACGGAAAGCGUCAAGGAGUUCGGACUCACCCAGGACAGAGACCUCAUGUAAGUAACGACCACACCCCAACCAACACCCACACACAGACUGUCAGGCAGGCUUCCAUCUGGCCAUGUGUGUGUUGUGUGCCGCUCCCCGCCCCGUUCGUUCGUUUAGAGGUCUGAUGCGGCGGAUGCACUUCCCCAUCCGCACCUGGCGGGGCCGACACGGGGGCGCCGUCAUGGAGAUCAGCGCGGCCCCCAUCCCCAACGAGUACAUGCCCGUCAUACGCGAGCGCCUCAACUACAAAAGGGACAAGAUCGAGCGGGACUCGGCCGACGAGACCGCCGCACGCACCAAGAAGCUGGCAGAGGAGCGGGAGAAGUCCAUGGGCGGCAUCAACAUCUACUCUGGAGGUGAGGUGCGGGCGACUGACUGACUGACUGAUGUGGGGCGUCCGUCCGUAUGCAUCAUUGGUGUGUGUUGUGUGUUGUGUGUUGUGUGCAGGGAUUGCCCAGGGGGCGUAUGCCGACUGGGCCAGCUUCAAGCCGAUGAAACUCGAAGACAACCCCAUCAUCCGCCAGACAGUCGACGUCGAUGCGCUCCAACCUCAGACACCCACACACGCACCAGCAGCAGCAGCAGCAGCGGAGGGCCAGCGGGCCAAGCCAAGGCAAGGCCUCUUCAGCCUCCUGUCCACCCCCGCAGAGCUCCUCGUCUUCGCCAGCGCCCAGAAGGGCACCACCACUGCGAUGGCCACCGACAUGGACGAAUCCCCGACAGAGGAGGAGAUCCGCCUCAACCAGCCCACCCUGGAGCGCCCCUUUGUCAACCCCAACAUCAACAGCGGCGCCGAGACGCUCACCUUCGGCCGACGGCCGCGCACCGGUCCUCUGAAGGAUCUACAGCCGUCUUUGGUGUAUGUGUACGUGCCGCUGCAGCUGCUGGAGAUCCCUGGCGUCAAGAAGGCCGAGGCGCCCGAGCCGCGGCGCGACAGGGGGUCGUUCGAGUACUUUGUGGAGACGGACAACAAGCUGCUGAACCACCUGGGGUGGAUAUGGGAGCAGUUCAGCCCGCUGGCAUGGGGCUUCAGGCGAUUCACAAAGGCUGACGGGAUUGACCCGGGCGAAUGAGUGAUGAACCAAUCGGGGGGGAGGGCGUGUGUGUGUAUGUGUGUUUGUAUGUGCUGUGCUGUGUUGUUCCCAUCCAUCGGUUUCGGCUCCUGAGAUCCGCCUGAUGCGAUUGCCCACGUCAUGACGGACCUUGGUGAGCGGAACUGAUUGACGGAAGAACACAACACAACACAACACACGCGCACGGUGUGUGACCCGUCGGCGGCAUGCAGUCACUCACUGGUCUGUCUGGCCCGCCCACACACCAGACCAGACCAGACCAAUCAUUCCCCCAUAUAUUCACACGGGCCUGUGUGUUUUUGUGUUGUUGCCCUCGUGCGAAAGGUUGCCUGACUGCAGUGGAGUGCAGUUGUGUGGUGUCGUUGGUGUCAUCAUGUCUCGUGAGAGCCCUUGAAGCAAACAUUCAUGGUGUCAGCCACAGCCAAUCUGUGUGGUGGGUGGGUUGACUCGACAGACAUCGUUGGCUUGGUUGAGUCGAAUCGGUCGAAUUAGG